CAACGCAUCAUACAAAGAAUCAGAACAUGACGUAGUGUUGGUCAGCCACAGUCCAGAGCAUCGGCAAGUUAGGAAAAGCAAGCAGCAGUUCACAUCGCACCGCGAGAAAGUUUAUUUCAGAUAGAGCCAGCAGUUUCCUUGCUUUUAUUAUUCAGACUUGGUACAACGUUCCAAUCAGAGGCCAUUUCCAACUUGCUGCCUACUAUGGAGCCUGAGUCCAUGUCUGAACUACCACGGUGUCCAUCUCCAGCUCCUGUGAAACUCACAUGGGGUGAAAUCAUGGACUCCGAGGACAAUGAGAUGGAGAAUGUAGAGCCUUUCUGUUUCUAUAAUCCCUGGAGCAUGGAUUACAUCAACCAGGUAGAGGAGCAGAAGGUAGAGAAGGACAUAGAGGAGCAGAAGGCAGAAGAGCAGGCCAAAGUCCAGCAGCCGCCUGUUAGAAACACAAAGCUCCUUAAUGAACGCCUCAGCAAGAAUAACAAGUGUACAUCUCCAGCUCCCGCAAAACUCACGUGGGGUGAAAUCAUGGACGCUGAGGACAAUGAGAUGGAGAAUGUAGAGCCUUUCUCUUUCUAUAAUCCCUGGAGCAUGGAUAUCAUCAGCCAGGUAGAGGAGCAGAAGGCAGAGGAGCAGAAGGUAGAGGAGCAGAAGGUAGAGGAGCAGAAGGCAGAGAAGCAGGCCAGAGUCCAGCAGCUGCCUGUUAGUGACAAAAAGCUCCCUAAUGAACGCCUCUGCAAGAAUAAAAAGGUACUGUAG